AUGAGGAAAAGCUUCUCGGACAGGCUUUUUAUGCUGGAAAGAGACUUGAGUUUGGCUGGAAGUUUGACUGAAACUAGGAUAUGUGCGCAAGAACUCUUAAGUGCAAAGUCCAAACAACGCAAACAUCAACGAGAUAAAGAAAGCAUACAGAAGCAGGCUCUUCGAUAUCACCCUGAUGUUUGUCCACCUCCCAUGAAGGAAGAGUCGACCAUAAUGUUUGUUCAACUGAAUGCUGCAUACAAGACUCUGUCAGAUCCUAUGUUGCGCAAAGAGUAUGAUUGUGAAUUGUUGGGGCUGAGAAAUAAUUAUGGAUCAACAUUGAAGAUGGAUGUGGAUGUUGCAAGAACUAGGUGGCAAGAACAAAUUAAUGGAUUGAAAAGUAGGUCAAAUCGUCGUAUGGCUCAAAAGGAGGGGUCAAGGGGUAGUAGAAUAAGGGCUCAGAAUAUGAGGAACAAGGACUAA